UCCUGCUCCUCUCGUCCCUCUGCAGAGCCCAGACCUCCUCCAAAGGAUGAAAACCGACCUGGAGCUGGCGCUGGAAUGCGCCGUCAACGUCUACCACCAGUACGCGGUGCAGCGCCCCAUGGACGAUUACCUGAGCAAGAACGAGUUUUCCAGGCUGCUCAAGGAGACGGCCGAGCCCUUCCUGCGGAACACGGUGCCGCCCAACACAAGCACGGACAGCUACAUCCAGCAGCUCUUCACCAAAGCCGAUGCCAACCAUGAUGGCCGCCUCAAGUUCACCGAGUUUCUGACCACGUUGAGCCUUGUGGCCAUCGAUGCCCACAACAGGUCCCACGAGGGCCCUGGUGAUGGCCAUGGCCACGGCCAUGACCACGGGCAUGGGCACGACCAUGGGCAUGGGCAUGACCACGGGCAUGGGCACGACCAUGGCCACCGCCGCUGAAACGGAGACAUCGCCCAUGGUGGCCAUGCCACGGGACUCUGCGUCCCCCCAGGAGCCUCAGCCCUUGCCUGUAACCAAACCUUUGUCACCUGCUUCUACUUGGUGGCAUUGAAAUAAAAUCUCUUCCUUUGAGCACCAAA